AUGCUUACAUCCUCAAGCCUCUUGCAAUCAACGGGAGGGAAGUUCACCAUCAAGGUCGGGGGCACCUACUGGGUUGUCCUCAACUCGAGAAGGACAGUCCUGGAGCUUCUCGAGAAGCGCUCAAUGAAGUACUCAUCCCGCAUGCAAUUCCCAAUGGCCAACGACCUCGUCUCAAGAGGUAACCGCUUGUUGCUGAUGCCAUACGGUGACUUGUGGAGACGCGAGCGCAAGAUGAUGCACCAGAUUCUCAACUCAAGUCAGCUGAAGAACUUUGAGUACUUUCAGGACGCUGGAUCUAAACUGCUCAUGGUGGACUACUCCAGAGAACCCGAGAACUUUCUAUUCGGCAAGCCGUCUGAGUUGAACGACCCGCGAACAGCAGAGCUACUGAAGACGAGUGAGGAUUUUGUCAAGUACCUGGCUCCUGGUACCACUCUCGUUGACGCCUUUCCCUUUUUGACGAAGAUCAACUUCCUCAAGGUGUGGCAGCCCUGGAGGUGGAAAGCGGACUCUUUGUACAAAGAAUGCAUCCGCGCCCAACUCAACGAGCUCGAACAGCGCCGGCGGGAGGGCACCGACAAGCCCUGCUUCGCCUCGGAACUGCUCGAUUCGGGUGCCAAGGCUGAAUUCACCCGUGAUCAGCUUCUCUACAUUCUUGGGACUUUGAUGGAGGCUGGGUCUGACACCACGCGCAUGACCAUGAACCAAGUGAUUGCUGGCGCGGCCCUGUUCCCAGAUUGGGUGGAAAGGGCACGAAAGGAAUUAGACGCGGUGUGUGGACCCAGUGCGGAGAGACUACCGAAUUUUGGUGACUUGGACAGCCUGCCUUUGAUCAAGGCGGCAGUGAAGGAGUCAUUGCGAUGGAAGCCUAGCAUUGCCGAGACCGGAAUUCCUCACGCGAUAACUGAAGACGACGAGUUUGAGGGCUAUCACAUUCCGGCUGGCACGGUGGUGACUUAUAACAAUUGGGGAAUCGCCAAUGAUCCCGUCGAGUAUGAUCAGCCCGAGAGAUUCUGGCCCGAGAGGUUUCUGGACGAGGACAUAGACAAGUUCUUGAAAGGCCAUUUGGGAUUCGGAGCAGGUGAGGCCGACCCUUCUCCCCAGGCUUUCAACUGA